AUGCCACAGCCGGCGUCGAGCAUCUUCCCCUACUCCAAGGAUGACAAGGGGAAGAAGUCCAGGGCGUGGGUACCUGCGUCGGCGCAGCGCGGGGUCUCCCUCGCCAUGAUCUUCUCCGUCAUCUCCUUCGCCGUCGGCAUCUGCGGGCUGGCUUUCGCGGCGUACGCGCUACUCAGGCCUCCCAGAACCGUGUCUGUGUUCCGAUGCGGGGGAGCGGAGGACACGCUGAGGACAUUCAGAUCCAAGUUACUCGGGGACGGCGACGAGGCCAGACUGGUCGUGCCGCGGCCCAAGCUCGUCGGACUCGUCGGUGUGCAGACCGGAUUCUCCUCGGCUGGCCGGCGCGCUGCUCUGCGUAGUACCUGGUUCCCGUCGAAUUCGGAUACGCUGCUACGGUUAGAUUCGUCGCCUCUUCUUCCGUCGACUCGAAUUGCUGUUUCGAAGCCCUGUUUCAUGCUGAAUUGAGAUUUACUUCUCUGUUUAAGGUUUCCAUCACGAAAUACUGAGAUUACGGAACAUGUUAACUUCGAAACUAUACGAAUUCAAGAGACCUAUGGAAAAUGCGUCGAGAUUAUGAGCAGAUGUCUAUGGUGUCGAGAGGUCACACUUACCAAAAAUAUAGUUGUUCCUGAGAUGAAUCUAUUGAUGCUCUCUGUGAAAUGAAAAGAGAGACUUGUGAUCUUUGUUCCGUUGCCUUGCAGUCCCCCAAAAAAAAUUCCUUAAAGACACUAGGAGAAUCCUCAUGGAGAUGAAGUUACUCCAUGUAAUCACGAACUUUAUUUGUAAAAUUUCAGAUAGAUAUCUCCUCGUCAGAUUCUCUCAGAUAAUGUUUCCCUGUGGCUUACCAUAAAGAAUAUGGCAGCAAGUGAUCAUUUUUUUUCUAACUAUCUUAUUUAAGCAAAUACGAGCUUGCCAAGAAAUUGGCGAUGAUUAUGUGACGGGCAGCUCUCUGAGAUCUACAUGCUGAACUUGAUUUCCCCGCUUCGAGUUUUCUUCUUGAUCUUCGCCUAGGUUGUUGUUCUCUAUGAAUGUCCUUUGGUUUCAUAGGAGAAUGUUGAAGCCUUAUUGAUGGGCAUACAACGCAAUCAGUAUGAAACCAAGGAAGAUUCAUAGAGCACAGGAAGACUGAUAUGGAAAUCAUAGGAGAAUGUAUGCCCAUAAAUCAUUGUCUAAACUUUUUCUUCCUCAAUCUCUCCAUUAAUGUUUUUUUCUUAUCUCUGACUGAUCCAAGGUAGUUCAUGCAAUGGCCUUGUUGUAGGUUGGAGCAAUCCACGGGACUUGCUUUUAGAUUUGUCAUUGGGCGCACAAAAGAUGUGAAGAAAAUGGAAGAACUCCAAAGGGAGGAAGAGAAAUACCACGAUUUCCUGUUCAUAGAUGUUGAAGAGCAGUAUCUCAGGCUACCCUACAAGACGUACGAGCUAAAGCCCUCUAUUUGUCAAUCUCUUUCUGAUCUUGUAUCAAACCAUAGGCCCUUUGAAGUAUAUGUUUUCCCCCGGCCCCAAAAAAUCUUUCAGGUUGGCAUUCUUUAAAGCUGCAUUUGAUCUUUUUGAAGCAGAAUAUUAUAUUAAAGCUGACGACGGCAUAUACCUGCGUCCUGGUAAGCUCGAAGUUUUUUAUGAGAAAGGACUAUUUUAAGAAAAUAACCUUCUGGUAUUAUUAUUCCAACCGAUGGAUCUUUCUUCAUCAGACCGACUCGCAACACUUCUUGCUAAGGAGCGCUCUCAUCCGAGGACAUACAUUGGCUGUAUGAAGAAAGGACCAGUCGUUACUGAUCCAAAGAUGAAAUGGUAGGCUGGUUUAUCUUUGAUCUCAGAAGAAAAAAAACAUGAUUAUUGCCCACUUUGUCCUAGAAAUAUGAACUUAUUGAUGCACUUCAUUCCACAAGAAUUACAGGUAUGAAAGCUCAGGACAUUUAAUUGGAUAUGAGUAUUUCAUGCACGCCUAUGGUCCUAUCUAUAUUAUCUCAGCUGAGGUGGCAGCAGCAUUGUCAGAAGCGAGAAAUGGCAGGUCAUUCACUCUCAUUCAUGUUCCUGGCUCUCCUUUACUAUUCUAUUUAUUUUUUGUGAUUAUCAGCCAAAAAAAUCAUACGGCUCCCUAGUAAACGCAUAAUUUUUUUUUGUAAACAUCAAAUAACUACAUAAAUUCCUUUUUUUUUACUGAAAAAAUAGCUAAAUAUUACAAUGAUCGGAUCAAGACUAUUUUAUUUUGACUUGAUUGUUUUCUUUCAUUGCAUGCACUCAAAUUUCUGUUCGUUUCAUCAUCCCUAGAACACAAUUAUCUUUACUCCAUAAUUAAAUGUUUUUUCCUGUCGGAGUAGCCUGCGAACGUUCAAUAAUGAAGAUGUGACCAUUGGAUCAUGGAUGCUGGCAAUGGACGUCAAUUACGAAGACGUUCGGGCCAUGUGCGAUCCUCGGUGCACGGCCACAUCUAUUGCUGUGUGGGACAUCCCACGGUGCUCAGGUGAGUCUCAUGCACAUCCUUCAACACGUUGAAGGCCAUAAAUAGUAUCGAAUUAUGAGAAGAUGUUCUUAGUUAUGCAUAUAAAGUUCAUGAUAUAAAUGGCCUCAUUUGGGUUGAGGAAAAUAAAUGAGAAUUUAAAUAUAAUAUUGAAGAGAAUAUAAGUAAAUUCUUUGGAUUAUUUUCGUUAUAAUACCCCAUAACCACAUGAAUUUUGGAUAAGCCCUUCUCUUAGUCACUACCCCUUUUUGGUCUCUAUAAACCAGAGAAACUAUUUAGUCGCUAAGUUGUUCUAACACAGAUAAUUACCAUUUUACCCAAUUAGAAGAAAACAUACAUACCCUUAUGCCAAAGGUUACCUACAACCAAUAGCUACCCUCUCUUAUCUUCCUCUCUCUCCGUUUCUCUCUCCAUGCCCUUUCACCUGUCAGAGGGUCUUUUUGUCAUUAAAUAUACGUUACUGUAACUAUACAAAUACUAAUAUAAUACUCUGAAAAAUUAUCACACAUAAUCUUAAUCGAGUGACUAAAAAUAUUGGGGCCGAAUUGAUGACCGGCGUGAAUUAACUAAGGUCGCUUUGCCUUGAUUCCGGAUUCUAGUUUGUCCACGUUUCAGGGUGAUAGCUCUCUCUCUCUCUCUCUUUCUCUCUCUCUCUGACACACACACACACACACAACUUUGUCCAAAUUCGUCCCUAAUUGGGCCUUACAUGACCCGUUCAGUCAAAUUCUGAUAGCUUGGUUAUCUCAGAUAAACUCACAUUACCCGGUCUAUUCUGAUUCUAACUGGUUAUCUGAUAUCUCGGAUAAACUCACAUUACCCGGUCUAUUUUGAAAUGUGUAUAGCGUGUGAGGACUUUUCCCAAAUUCUAGUAGUUCACAACUGUUCUUACAUCGAAAUGUGUAGGAAGCAUUAGCCAUUAUAUCAUAAUGUUCUCUCUAAAAGGGUCAACUCCGCUGACCUCGGAUGGGGUCAGCUGGGAUUUAGAAAAACCCUAAAGAAUUACCGUCCUCCAAUUAGAAUGAAGCUAAAAGGACCAAAAUCCCUAUUCAGAUCGCUGAUGAAGCACUCAAACCAUGUUGUUGUGUUAUUUUUGAAAGUUCUGAAAUCAUGUCUAUGGUCAUCAUCAGGUCUGUGCGACCCCGUGGCGAGGCUGAAGGAGCUCCACAACAAGAGCAUGUGUUCUAAGAGCCCGACAUUGCCGCCAGAGGACAGAUAA